GGAAGGUAUUAGGCCGGAAGAUGCGAAGGUGGCUAGUAUCAGGAACUGGCCACGACCUCAGACUGUUACUGAGGUCAGAUCUUUCUUAGGAAUGUGCGGCUACUAUAGAAACUUCGUAAAGAACUAUUCCACAGUCGCCUCUCCUUUGACUGAUUUAACUCGACUUGACACGCCGUGGGACUGGAGUGAUGAGUGCGAGGCUGCUUUCAAACGACUGAAGCAUGCAUUCAUGAAUCAUGAGGUUCUCAUGGUGCCCGAUCCUCAGAAGYCAUUCAUUGUAACCACUGACGCAAGCCAAUACGGCAUUGGCGCAGUGCUUGCUCAGCAGGAUGGGAAGAAGUUGAGACCGAUUGAGUAUAUAAGCAAAAAGAUGUCAUCUAAGAAACUGGCAAAGUCCACCUAUGAAAGGGAACUCUAUGCUCUCUACAAAGCGCUUGUCCAUUGGAGGCACUUUCUGCUGGGACGGUUUUUCUAUCUGAGAACUGACCAUCAGACCCGUAAAUGGAUCAAGACUCAACCGACUCUUUCUCAACGCUGGAUUGAGGUCAUAGAUCAGUAUGACUUCAAGCUAGAGUAUCUGAAGGGAGAGUACAACAAGGUUGCAAAUGCGCUAUCUCGUAGGGCAGACUACCUAGGGGCGCUAGUUUAUGAGUUUGGUGUAUCUGAAGAACUAACUCAAUCGCUGGUGGGAGCCUAUCAGGAAGACCCUGUCAUGAUGGACAUCAUACGCAAACUACAGGCAAAAAACAGGGCCACAAAAGAUGAGUUUGUGAUGGUGGACAGGCUUCUCUUUCUUGAUAAGGCCGGAUUUAAAAGGUUGGUUGUUCCAUCUAGUGAACGUUUGCGUAGUUUAUUCUUAGGAGAAUGUCAUGACGCAACCGGACACUUUGGCUACAAAAAGACGAGUGUCAAUCUAGUACAGCGAUUUUGGUGGCCCGGAAUGCUCGAAAAUGCAAAGAAGUACGUGGAGACCUGUCAGGUCUGUCAGCGGGACAAACCGCGAACUCAAGCACCGCUUGGGUUGUUGAAGCCCUUACCUAUCCCCGCUGGUCCGGGACAUAGUGUUUCCAUGGACUUCAUGGACACCCUGGUCACCAGUAGGAAUGACAAGAGGCACAUCUUUGUCAUCAUAGACCGAUUCACCAAAUACGCUAGACUAAUUGCCAUGCCAGAGACCGCAAGGACUGAACACGUCAUCAAGUUGUUUUUGGACAACUGGGUGCGUGAUUUUGGACUACCAAAGUCAAUCGUUAGUGACAGAGAUGUCCGCUUCACAAGUGAGAUGUGGAAGAAGACUGCUGAACAAAUGGGCAGUCAACUUCAGAUGACUUCAGGGAAUCAUCCUGAAGCCAACGGACAGGCUGAGCAGAUGAACAGAGUUGUACAACACCUGCUGAGGCAUUACAUCAAGCCCAGCCAUGAUGGCUGGGAUGAGAAGUUGCCUCUCAUCGCCAGCCUGUACAACAACGCUGUACACAGCAGUACCGGCGUUAGUCCUAAUCAACUGCACUUGGGAUGGAAGCCUAGAUCAACUCUGGACUUCCUCCUACCUGAAAACCGAUCCUCUGCAACUCCGGGCACACUUGAGUAUGGUGUGCAGUAUGAGAAGUUGCUACAGCAAGUUGUCGAGCACAUCAGGAAAGCUCAGCAAGCAAUGAUUGCUUCUGAGAACAAACAUCGUCGACAGUCCUCAUUUCAGGUAGGGGAACGUGUCUGGGUCAAGGCUAGUGAGCUAGGACAGGAAUUCGGUGUCUCUCAAAAACUAAUGCCUCAGUAUUUUGGUCCCUGGGAAGUCCCGGACAUCGUUGGGGAUGAGAUGGAUGGUCCUACGUAUGUUAUCCGUAUCACCUGCGCACUCACCCUGUCUUUCAUGCCUCAAAGCUUGCACCUUUCGCUGAGACAGAUCAAUUCUCUUCAAGGAGAUCGAUGCUGCCCCCAACCAUGGAUGGCCAAGUGGACAUCGACGACAUUGUGGAUCACAGAGACUUGCCUGUUCCAAAGCCGCUGGGUCGAGGAAGACCUCCCAAACCCAAGAGAGAAUAUCGCAUCAGAUUCAAGCAUCAUACGGAUCCAAAAAAAGAUCAGUGGUUCACCAGAGAGGAACUAAUUGACACAGCUCCUCAAGUGGUGGCAGAAUAUGAGAGAAUGAUAAAAGGGAAGGCACCUG